AAUAAUGUCAUAGCAGAGAGCAGUUUGUUAGCCCAGCAGGAUCCAGGGAAGCGGAGAGGACCAGAGCCCCAGUCAGCCCAGCGGCCUGCUGCCCUCCCCUGGGCCCAGAGUCAGGCUACUGGAGGCAGCUUGCAGAGAGACAGGCCUGGGGCCUUCCUCCUGGACCUCCACAACUUCCCUGACCUCUCCAAGGCUGAUAUAAACAGACAGAACCCCAAUAUACAGGUGACCAUAGAGGUGGUGGACGAUCUAGAAGGGGCGGAGCAUGAGAAAGACCUGAAGAUGGAGAACAAACCAGGUUUGGCCGCUCCCAACCGGAGAAACUGGUGGCAAAUCACCUCCUCCUCUUCAUCCUCCUCCUCUUCGGUCUUGACCCCACGUCGACCCAAGGAGCAGGCUAGGGAGCAGCAGCCCACCUACAGAGGAGGAGUAGAACGUGGCAGUAACACAGAGGAUAGUAACUUCCUGAAACCACGAGGGGACUGGGAGAGGAGAGGAGGCGCAGGAGGAGGAGGCACCAGCAAGGCUCAGACUGAAUAUGACUAUAUAGACGGAGACGGUGGCUGGAGUAACUGGUCUCCGUGCAGUGUGACCUGUGGGAACGGGAACCAGAAGAGGACCAGGUCAUGUGGUUACGCCUGCAGCGCCACCGAGUCACGCACCUGUGACAUGCCACCCUGCCCAGGUAUUGAAGACGCGUUCAGGACAGCCGCCACUGAGGUCAGCUUACUGGCUGGAACAGAUGAGUUCAACGCUACAGAGCUCUUUGGAGUCGACACAGACAGCUGUGAACGCUGGAUGAACUGUAAGUCUGAGUUCCUGAAGAAAUACAUGACCAAAGUCUCCAACGACCUCCCCGGCUGCCCCUGCUCCUACCCCACCGAGGUGGCCUACAGCACGGCCGACGUCCCCGACCCCGCCACACGCCGGGACUUCCGCUGGAAAGACGCCAGCGGCCCCAAGGAGAAACUAGAGAUCUACAAACCCACGGCCCGGUACUGCAUCCGCUCUAUGUUAACUCUCGAGUCCACUACUCUGGCCGCACAGCACUGCUGCUACAAUGACAACAUGAAGCUCGUCACCCGGGGUAAAGGAGCAGGAACACUCAACCUCAUCAGCAAUGAGUUCUCUGCUGACCUCCACUACAAGGUAGACAUCCUGCCCUGGAUCAUCUGUAAAGGGGACUGGAGUCGCUAUAACCAGGUCAGGCCUCCUAACAACGGGCAGAAGUGUCCAGACAACCCGCUGGAUGAGGAUUACCUCAAACAAGUUGAGGAGGCAUGGGAGUUUUAGAACUGGAGAGAUGAACAUAUGAAGGGAAAGAAAACGUAUGAAAUAUUUGUAUGAAUCUGGUACUUCAAUUGCUGCUUCAAACCAUCCAAAGCUAGAGUCCGUAUGAACUGUCUGUUGAUUUCAGCCAACGUGAUUAAAUAGACAACGUAACGCUCACAUGGACACAUCAUUGUCCUCAACAGAGACGAUGGACUCUAUUUUAAUAAUAAAACUUAACUCAAUGGUAAAUCUAAGUAUUGGCGCUAGUGCGAUAGGUUCGGGGGCGUGUCAGAAAUAUUUUUGCUAUUUUCAUAACCAGAAUUAUUGUCUCAGUAGCAGGCGGUGGUGCAUAAGGUCUGCGUUUAUUGUCUCAGUUGCAGGCGGUGGUGCAUAAGGGCUGUUUUUAUUGUCUCAGUUGCAGGCGGUGCUGCAUAAGGGCUGGGUUUAUUAUCUCAGUAGCAGGCAGUGGUGCAUAAGGGCUGAGUUUUGAUAGCAGGCGGCGGUGCAUAAAGGCUGGGUUUUGAUAGCAGGAGGUGGUGCAUAAGGGCUGGGUUUUGAUAGCAGGCGGUGGUGCAUAAGGGCUGGGUUUUGAUAGCAGGCGGUGGUGCAUAAGGGCUGGGUUUUGAUAGCAGGCG